GCCGCUGCUGGGGACGAGAGACGUAGUGGCGUUGAGAGAGUGAUUGAAUUCCGCCUCCCUGUGUUGCUGCGUGAGGCGCCCCAGUGUGCCUGCGUGGGUGUGUGUGUGUGUGUGUGUGUGUGUGUGUGGUGUGCGGGCAGCCGUGGCGCAGCAGUGAGUGUGUGCCCCGGCGUGCAAACCUUCGUUGAAUCUGAUAACUGAGCUGUGAAUUCUGCAUCGUGUUCAGCGUCACCUAAGUAAGCAUUUGUGUGAUAUAAACUCCCCGCGCUGCACCAGCCACCACUCUGGCCAGACCUUGGAGAGAGAGGCGGCGAGGGAAAAAUAGAAACUCACAAGGCUGAACAUUUUCAUAGUGGUUAAGGUGAGGUCCCGCUGUGAUUACGGGGAUGAUGAACUACAGCAGGCGAGGGUGACGUGGACUGCCUGCUGGAGUGUGGCAGAGGGAGAAACUGUUACGCGGUCAGCAAAACACUCCUCGCCACGUAAUGGUUCGCCUGCAGCCUCGUAUCCCUGCUUAAUACCAACAACACAUCAAGGGAUAUUAGGCAAGGAGGCGGCGGCGCAAACGGGUUCUGGCGAGCGGCAGAAAACAAAAGACGUGAGAGAAGAGGAGAAGCAACAACAUUUCCUCGCCGAGUGAUAAGGAAACCCGACCCGCCUGAAAUGUCGAACCAAAUUACUAACUGACAACCCACUGCAGGCUCUCCAACAGGAAAGGUGAGAAAAGGGGGCGUGGCAGAGGACUUCUGGUGAUAUGAGGGGGCGGUGUUAACAUUGGCCGCGGUCUAGGGGGGUGACCAAGGGGGAGAAGGAGGAGGAGGAGGGGAGGAGGAGGGUGAAGAAAAGAGAGGUGAGGGGGCCUGGGGAGGGAGCGCGGCGGGCCUGCCUGACUCACUCAUCACAUAUCCUUCACGGGUCUCCAGGUGUGUUAUGAGAGCGUCAUUUGGGCCUUCGCUUCUCCGUGGACUCGACAAGGGACGUCCGUAGUGCGUGUGGCGGUGCGUCGCCUGGGGUGCCGAGCUGCAGUUUCUAGCCCUAAUUGGCGGUGUGUCCUCUGAUUGUGGGACUCCAGACGGUGAAAUUCAGGAAACGGAGCAUUCCAAUGAUCUCUCAUUUCUACACCGGCGCGAAACAAAGCGAGGCAGUGGCUCGUCUAUUUGCCUAACUCGCGAACGUUCGGACAACAUGACAGUGGCCAUGGCUUCCACUAAGGCGGAUGUGCAAGACGGGGACCUCUUAGUGCAAAUGAGACACGCGUUACCCAAGGAAGACGGAGACGCGGCCGCCGAUGCCAAGAAACAAUCGGUGGCGGGCAGCAGUGAUGACGAGGACACUGCACUGCGGGAGGAGGACACGGAAGGCGGCGAGAGGCGACCAAAAGACACCGUGGACACUGAACCCACAGAUCUAACAGUUAAGAAGCAAAGCAACAACAAUAACAACAACAACAUCAACAAGAACCACCUGGGGGCGACCUUGCUGGCGGCGAGGGGCGUGAGCAGUCCAUCCUCCUUCGCCAACACCAGCCUCCCUGCUUCCCUCGCCGUCAGGAGCUCCUUCUCCAUCACGAACCUCCUUAGGCCCAAGAGCGUGAUGAGCGAGGCGCGGGCGGAGGACUUGAGCCCCGCCAGGAGGAGGAGGAGCACGUCGCCCCUCCCUGAAGUGACCAUCACGCCCCACCACGCCCUCCCGCACCCCCUCCACGCCCCCGCCAAGAGAAAAAUCGAGGAGGUGGAGCACGAUAUUGAUAACGAGGACGAGGAUGAGUGCGAUGAGGAUGAUGAGGAGGAGGAGGACAGCAGAGGAAGGGCGCUGCGGAUGAGGGAGGCGCUACUCAACGGAGACAAGAUAGGGUGCGCCUCGCCCCGCUCCCCGGAUGCCCCGCUAAGGAACAAGAAGCAGCGGAAGGCGCGCACGGCCUUCACCGACCACCAGCUGCAGACGCUGGAGAAGAGCUUCGAGCGGCAGAAGUACCUGAGUGUGCAGGACCGCAUGGAGCUGGCGGCCAAGCUCAACCUGACCGACACGCAGGUCAAGACCUGGUACCAAAACAGACGGACGAAAUGGAAGAGACAAACAGCAGUUGGCCUUGAGUUCCUGGCGGAGGGUGGAUAUGGGCGACUAAUGAGUGGAUACUGGCCCUACGCGACGCCGCCCACACUAGCCACGCCCUCACACCCCUCCCACCUCUCUGCCGUGGGCGCCCUCUCCUCCAUGGCCGCCCUUUCUUCUUCCAUGGACAUCUACUACAGACAUGCCCAGCUGGCGGCACUCAGUAGGACGGCAGCGGCAGUGACCCCUGCUUCCACGCCCACACUGGAGGGCACGCCUUCCUUGCCUGCCCUCACCACCGUAGGCGCCACCAGCAGUUCCUCUCCGCCCACACUCGUCGCGCCCAGAGUCCUCUAUCCACAUACGCCUACACAAGCCGCACUCGCACACUACUUCAAACAGUAACACACACACACACACACACACACACACACACACACACACACACACACACACACACACACAGAAAGGAUCCUCAGGGGGACUACUGACGAAGGAUAUCUUGUCCUCGUGUCCCGCUCCUCUAGACAAACCUAACGGGCGUCAUCCUCACCCGAUUACCAGCAGGAGGAAGAGCAGCGCCGCCAGAGAGCAGGUGUGGCGGGCCUGGGCGUGGCGUGUACAUCAGGGGAUCGCAAACCUAACUGGACACUGCGUUCCUCCUCGUCACCAAUUUUCUGACGAAUCUAUAAGUGUCGUUGCAAGCGAUCAUUAAGUACACGACUCUCACUCCUGUAGUUUUUUUUUUUUUUUUUCGUAAGACAUGACGGCCAUCUGUCGCUCCCUUGUAGAAAGUCACGAGGGAACUGAAGCCAAGCCACGCCACGCCACGCCACGCCACGUCCUUCCACACCACGUCAUGUCUAAGGAGCUACGAGUGCUUGGAGGACUAUGCAGGAACGUUUGGUUUGAAAUAAGGAGUUGGAAAACGUGCGCAGAGGAUGAAGGGAGUCAAGACUGGUUUACACUUGCGCCAUUGAUGAACGUUUGGUUAGAGCGAAACGUUUGGCGUGUGGUGCAAACGUAUGAACUUUUCUGCCGCAGAAGAUGACGUAAAUAUGAGAACCGUAACUAAAGAGUGACUAGGAAUAAUAAUAAAAAAAAAAACAAUGAAACUCUUACCGUGUGAAAAUCGGCAAAAAAAAAAAAAAAAAAAAAAUAUCGUUGAGGGCGUCCCGGCGAUUUGCGCGUGGAAACCUCUCGCGUUCCUGGAAAUGUGAAUCCAAACACGCACCUGCGCACUUCACAAUUCGCUGAAGGAGGUGGUUUCACUCGCGUGCCUGAGAACCUUACGGGGAGACAAAGGUGCGUUCAAUCAUUUCGCAAGACACCGGCAGGGGAGAAGCAUCCUGUCGAACCUAAUAACUUUUUGUAAUGAGAAAAUAGAGAUAGUUUUCUUCGGGGCGUCCUACACCCUACCUACCUCUCCCUGACCCUUCCCUGCCCCUCCCUGCCAUUCCCCGCCCCGCCCCGGAAACGACCUAAAUACGAUUACAGGACUCCAAGGGCGCGACAUCUCCCUCCCACCGCUAGUCGCGCCCUACUAAGGUGACUACAGCCCCCGUGACUCAGCAACGAGGAGUCAGGAGUCACGGUAUUGGAUUGUUUUCCUCCCACAGGUGACUCCCCUUAGUGUGCUCAAGGUGUGAUUUGUGUGGCUCCCAAAUUCUUGAAAAAUGCUCCUCCCAGGUUCACUCACUCCCGUUACUAUGAAAGGAAUAACAACGCCAUAUUUUUUUCCCUGCGGUUCGAUAAUUUUCUUUUCUUUUUUUUUUUUUUCCUUCUUUCUUUUGCGGCGUUUCAUCGAAGGUUCAUUUUUGACCUUUCAGAUUCCGAGGCAGACCACACCAGGAAGCUUGUUUGUUAGUUAAUUUCCAGCCUGCAAAUUUUUUAAACACAAAUUACAUGUUUAUCUAUUUUACGUACGAUUUUCUUGACUAUCUUGUUAACGCGGCUGGGUACAGGCAACAAGCAAAAAAUAGGAGCAAGAAAAAAAUGAAUAAAAUAAAUAAAUAAAUAAAUAAAUAAGCCACUACCAGAACAGAUACAAACAGCAGGAAAUUCCAAAAAAAGAUCACCAAUUUAUGAAGAACAAAACACACCUGAAUGCUUCUUUACAUAAACUUUCCGACCCAUGAGCUUUAACGUUCCCGACAAAGACUCAGAUCAGCAGAUGACUCACUGCGAACCUUCACUGUAAGUACAGAUACCUUUGAGUCACUACAGAGAAGCGACUUAACAUAGUGUCGUCAGUAGGAACACGUUAGAAUCUAUAUAUACACUCUCCUGUACCAUAGUGCCUCUGUAACUAAGUAUUUAUGUACCUACGUAGGGCGACUGUAUGGAGGCUGCAUUGCCAGUCGAGAAUCAAUUGAUACAGUGGAAUAAAGCAGAAAAUGAUGAU